CACGUGUACCACACUUUACCUCAACCAAGGAUCCUGUUGUCCACGAUGAGCGCCUUCCCCUCCAUUAAACUCACAUACUUCGCCGCCGCUGGGCGCGCUGAGGCUCAGCGUCUGGCCUUCUACAUCGGCGGUGUGCCCUUCGAGGACAAGCGUGUCAGCCAUGCGCAGUUUGCGGCCAUGAAGGAGUCGCUUCCACUGGGCCAGUUACCGAUCCUUGAGGUGGACGGCGAUGUGUUCACUCAGUCACACGCCAUCAUGCGCUUCGCCGGCCGCAUGGGAGGGCUUUAUCCCGUGAGUGUGCCCUACCUGGCGCUCAAGAUCGACGAGGUGCUGCACGCCAUGGGCGAGAUCGAGGAGAAGAUGGGCCCGGCGUUUCGUGAGUCCGACGCUGACAAGAAGAAGCUCAUGCGCGAGGAGCUUGCCUCCGUCACGAUCCCUCGCUACGCCGCUCUGUUCGAGGCUCGACUCGAGAAGAUGAAGCAGAUCCCAGCCUUCCAGUCCCAGGACGUCUUCAUCCACGACGUAGCCAUCUACGCCUGGGUUAAGUCCCUGCGUGCCGGAUACAUCGACCACAUCCCCACCACAGUUCUGGAUGGCUACAAGCUGCUGAACGAGGCACACGACAAGGUGGCCAACCACCCCAAGGUCAAGGAAUGGUACAUGCUGCAACACAACGCGCCCAAGCUUAAGCUGGUCUACAUGCCCAAACCUGGUCGUGCUGAACCGAUCCGCCUCGCCUUCUUCAUCGGAGGCGUCGAGUUCGAAGACGAACGUAUCACUCACGAGGAAUUGGCAAACCUCAAGCCGUCGCUGCCGUUCAACCAGCUGCCUGUGUUGGAAGUGGACGGUGAUGUCAUUGCCCAGUCGCUCGCUAUCCUUCGCUACGCUGGCACACUCUCAGGACUUUACCCUGCGACCGACCCGGUGGCUGCUUACCGUAUUGACGAGCUCUUCGACAUCCUCGACGACAUGUUCAACUUCCCGCUUUGGGGUGCCUCUCACCGUGAGAAGGACACGGAGAAGCAGCUGGCGAUGCGCGCGGAGUUGUCCAGUGGAAUGGUGCCCAAGACGUUGGCAUUCCUGGAGAAGCGGAUUACCGCGAACAAGGGCCCCUACGCGGCAGGAGCGAACCUCACGGUGGCAGACCUCGCUAUCUAUGGUGUGCUGCUUGGAUUCAAGAGUGGUGUGCCCGGAUUCGAAAAGACCAUCGCAGACUCGUUCAAUAACUUGCAGCGUGUGUUCAAGCUGGUGGCGGAACACCCGAAGGUUGUCGAGUGGAACGUCGCACACAACCAGUAAACGGCCAAAAGGUUGCAUCCUAAGAAAGUAGUGACCUUGCUAAAAGAUACUUUGAAGUAAAAUACAUAACGCUUGUGAGUUUUAGAAAAA